CCCGAUCAAGAUAAGGAGUAUGACAACAAAGGCUUCAACUUUCACGAGGUAGUGUUUACUGAUGAGACUCCGGCCCGUAUAGGUGACGAGCGAGGCAUGAUACAAACGUGGUGCUGUGAAGGAGAGCAAUACAACGACGACGUCAAACACAAUCGGAACGUCAAGGACUGUUGCCUGCAGUUCUACGCCUGUUUUCGGUACAACUUCAAGGGCCCGUGUCACGUUUAUUACCAAGAGACGGAGGAAGAAAAAGCAGCUGCAGAAGUCCAUAUUGCACAGCUCAACGUUAAUAAAAAAACCCGCGAUAAUAAGCUACAAAUCUACGCACAACAAGCGCUCCAAGGCAUCAGCGAGAGUGACAUUAACGGACGCUACAACACCAGGAAGAAGCAGUAUGUACCAAGUACAAUGGACUAUAAGCGUGGCGAUCGCGGGCGUGGAGGAGUUGAUAGGUACCGUCACCGCGAAGGUGCUCUCAAGAAGGUCGUUCCAUGGAUUCACAACCUCAAAAAUCGUGGAAUUAAGUGCGUAUUACAACAAGACGGAGCUCCCGCACACAAUUCUCGACUUUCUCGAGAUUAUCUUGUUACUGAGCACGUCGAUAGGUUGUGGUGGCCAGGUCACUCAUCUGAGGCAAAUGCUAUUGAGCACGCUUGGCCGUGGAUUCAGCAGCACGUGACGAAGCAAUUCACUCCUUCUUGUACGCCUAAGCAGUACGAGAAGCAGUAGGCAGCUUCAUAGGACGACCUGCCUGUAGAGGUCAUCAAUCGUUGGGUGGACGCGAUUCCAGAGCAGGUGCGGAGGAUCAUACGGACGGGUGGAAAGAACAGCUUCCACGGG